GUUGGCUUGUUAUGCCCUGUAGAGAUAGCGCAACGUGUGGUACCAGUGCCAUAGGGAAAAGAUUCCCCUGGUACCCAUAAUAAAGCAAGCUGCCAUUGCUCCCAUCCUAGCAGCAAGAAUCCCAGAAGGGAGCAUUGAAAACAGGAAGUGCUGAACUUCUAUUACGUUCAGCAUUGCCUUCCUAAUCCGGUUCCUGCAGGUUCAAGAUCUGAAGGUUAGCGCACCUCAAGCAAAGCCGUGACUUCCAAACAGAUGGUGCAUAUGAAUCAAGGACGAGGAGAAACAAGCUAUGCCUGCAACUCCGGUCUUCAGAAUGCUGAACAAAAAAGGAUGAAGCCCCUGAUAGAAGCUGCCAUCGUUGAGUUAUGCAGCAGUACCUUGUUGCCCGGAAAGUUGGUGAUAGCGGACCUGGGAUGCUCCUCCGGCCCAAACGCGCUAGCACUGGUCUCGAUUGCUGUCGAGGCCAUGCACAAUCACUGCCUUCAGCUCCAGCAGCCACUACCGGAAGUCUGUGUCCUUCUCAACGACCUGCCUGACAACGACUUCAACACGGUGGUGAAGAACCUUGUCACGCUCCAGCGAAACAACGGGCCUGUUGUCGUGACCGGCAUUGCACCAGGGUCGUUUUAUGGGAGGCUCUUCACCAGUGGCUCCCUUCAAUUCGUUUGCUCGUCCAACAGCCUGCAUUGGCUCUCGAAGGCUCCUGAAGACUUAAUGAGGAACCAGAUCCCCGCGUAUGACAUUGAUGAUCAAGCUAGGCGUGAAAGGCUCCCUAUGGUCCUUGAGGCUUAUACACAACAGUUCAAGAAAGACUUUAGACUUUUCCUGGAACUGAGAGCCAAAGAAUUAGUCCCUGGAGGCCGAAUGGUUGUUUCCCUUGCAGGGAGACGUUCCAAUGAGAUCGCCUCAAAAUCCAUUCGCCCCUGGGAAGCCUUAUAUGAGAUUUUACAUGUCAUGGCCUCGGAGGGUGCGAUUGACAAAACAAAGAUUGAUUCUUUCUAUGUGCCGAUAUAUGGACCUUCCGACGAAGAGCUGAGGGAGGUCAUCCAAGACGAGGGCUCAUUUUCGAUCAACGAGAUGCGUGUCCACGAUCUUACAAGCGGCAUCGACAGCGCUCUCAUGACCGCAAGCUGGUUCGCAAACCAUAUGAGAGCCGUGUUCGAGCCGAUAGUUGUGCAGCAUUUCGGUGAAGUGGAUAUGGAUGAAUUCGUGAGGGCCGCGGAGCGGCGCUGGAGUCUGGAGGGAAGCUUGCAGGACGAGCUUUGCAGACAGGGAGUACCUUUGAUUGCCGUAUUUUCUGAGGGAAUUUUGAUGGCUGUAUCGCUGACCAAACAAUAGCUGACGUAAGCCGGGGCCAUUUCGUAUGCAUGUAAUGGCGCCUCAGACAUCGUGCGAUCACGAGCCUGGGCUGGUGGUGACAGUAGUAACUUAACGGGAAAAAGUACAGCAAAUCAGCUAUUGUUGUUCGUGUUAAAGCAGAUUAACAAUGCACUGCAAGUUUAAUUAUGUUGUUACGAAAUAUUAACGUGGAUGUCCAUAACCCCUA